AUGGCCAACCCGUGCAAGAUCUCGCCCACGACGGACGAGCCGACGGCCGAGGUCCGGCGAAAGAAGCGCACGGACGACGCGCUGCGCAAGAAGAAGGACGAGCGCAAAAACGCAGCGCGCCGCCGCAAGCACGAGAAGCAGCAGGCGGCAGCGACCAAGAUCCAGUCGCUCGUGCGAGGCGCCCAGACCCGCGUGUACAUCUCGUCGAGCAUCGCGCCCGAGCUGCCGGUCGCACACGAAGAAAAGCCCGCAACGCCCGCCGUUGACGUGCCCCGGCUCGCAUUGAGUGCACUUGGCCAUAGCGCAGACGGCCUUCACCGGAGUCAGCCACGCAGUGCGAGGGAGCUGCUUCCAACGUCGGCGAGUGCCAAGGACCUCUCUUUCGAUCGACCGCUGACGAGCAGUCGAGGCAAGACGCCGAGGCGCAGUGCGAGCGCGGUGAGUCUAUCGAGCCGACCCCCAACUCCCGCGAGCAGCAGCCGUCCCCUGAGUGCGCGCGACACGACGCCUCCUCCACGACAAGAGACAGCCGAAGGGGACGAGAGGACACCCCCGAGCUCUGCCGUGGCCACAGUACGCAGCGAUGCUGUGAGCCCAAAGCUCGAGUCGGCGGCCACACGUGUGCAAGCCUACUUUCGAGGCUACGCGAGCGACACGCCGCCUGCAGAAUCCACUCCCGAGACGGAGAGACUGAGCGAGGCCAAGGCUACGGAAGAGGACCCGCCAGCUCCGUGGCCGAGCCCGCUGACCCUCGAGGCGCCUCUCGACGUCUCGCAUGACACGACCGAGUCGGUGCUUACGGCGGGCAGCGUCCGCGUCCUUGUGCUGACGUGGAAUCUUCAAGCGCACAAGCCUCCAGCCGACCUUGCGCCCCUUUUGCGCCCCGGGACGUGUCAUAUUUACGCGAUCGGCACGGAAGAGUGCGUCCAGACGUACGUCCAAGAAGGCGCCGUGCCGGAGUGGGAAGACAAAAUUCGCGCAACGCUCGGGCCAACAAGUUACAUCAAAUUGCGCAGCCACGCGCUCACGGCGAUGCACAACAUGGUAUUCGUGCACACGAGCGUCCUCCCGCUGGUCACGGGCCUCGAGUCGGACGCGAUCGCGACUGGGAUCGGCAACCAGCUCGGCAACAAAGGCGGCGUCGGCAUUGGCUUCCAACUCGGCCUCACGCGCUUUGCCUUUAUCAACGCGCACUUCGAGGCGCACCAGUCGCAGCACGCUCUGAAGCGGCGCAACGCCAACUUUGAAAAAUCAACGCCGAGCUCCGACUGCUCCCUAAAGGGCGACGACCACGUCGGUCCGAUCUCGGACGUUUUUGACCGCGUCUUUUGGAGCGGCGACCUCAACUACCGCAUCGACGGGACGCGGCGCAUGAUUGACACGCUCCUCGCGCGUGACAUGCACAACGUGCUACUUGCCAAUGACCAGCUCACAAAAGAGCGCGACGCUCAGCGCGUCUUCCAACGCUUUCACGAAGGUCCGCUGCAUUUUCGCCCGACAUACAAGUUUGACAAGGGCUCCGACGUCUACGAUACCUCGGCCAAGCAGCGAAUACCAUCGUGGACCGAUCGGAUUCUCUACGCGACGCUGCAGCCGCAUACGAUCCAACUACGGUCGUAUGAGAGCCACAUGGAGAUCAAGACGUCCGACCACCGCCCCGUCUCGGCUGUCUUUGACGUUGCGUUCACUGGCCACGAAGCGCGAUUGCAUGCGACGGCCAAAUCCAACCAAACCAAGAGCGAAGUGUGCAGUGUACAAUAG